GCCCCUCGGGGCGCAGGCGGGGAUUAGGGCUUCCCGGCUCCCCGUAUCCCAGCGGGGCGUGCUGGGGGCCGACGCGCUUCAGGGCCCGGCGGCCGCGGGUUAAAUACCGGCUGCGGGCGGCGGCUGCGCUCCGGCCUCCGUCCCUCCUCGCUGAGCCCGCCCCGCCUCGCCCUGCGCUGAGUGGCCCGGCCCGGCGGCGAGCCCCGGGAGCAGCCAGGCCCAGGCGCCGAGCGAGGAGCGGCCAUGGCCGGGCUGUGGGCGCCGCCCAAACCCCUGAGCGCGGCGCAGCUGAGGCGGCUGGAGCAGCAUCGCUACAGCGCGUCCGGGCGCUCGCUGCUGGAGCCGCCGCUGCAGCUCUACUGGGCCUGGCUGGUGGAGCAGAUCCCGGCCUGGCUGGCCCCCAACACCAUCACCCUGAGCGGCCUCCUGCUCAACCUGCUCACCACGCUGCUGCUCAUCGCCUACUGCCCCAGCGCCACCGAGCAGGCACCGUUUUGGGUAUUCCUCUUGUGUGCAUUAGGACUCUUUGUUUACCAGUCCCUGGAUGCUAUUGAUGGGAAACAAGCCAGAAGAACAAAUAGUAGUUCCCCCUUAGGGGAACUUUUUGACCAUGGUUGUGACUGUAUUUCCACAGUUUUUGUUUCCAUUGGCGCCUGUAUAGCUGUUCGACUGGGAACGAACCCUGACUGGCUGUUUUUCUGUUGUUUUGUGGGGUCGUUCAUGUUUUAUUGUGCUCACUGGCAGACAUAUGUAUCAGGCAUGCUAAAGUUUGGAAAGGUUGAUGUAACUGAAGUUCAGAUAGCCAUAAUAAUCCUCUUCUUGAUGUCUGCGUGUGGCGGAACUACUAUGUGGGACUAUAAGAUCCCUUUGCUAGACCUAAAACUGAAGACUUUUCCUGUUCUUGGAAUAGUGGGUGGAGCAUUGUUUUCCUGUUCCAACUAUUUCCAUGUCAUCUUUGGUGGUGGAGUUGGCAAAAAUGGAUCUACAAUCGCAGGCACUAGUGUUCUUUCACCAGGCCUCCAUAUAGGACUAGUUAUCACUUUGGCAAUAAUGAUCUAUAAAAAAUCUACAACUCAGCUGUUUGAAAAGCACCCUUGCCUCUAUGUCUUAACAUUUGGAUUUGUGAGUGCUAAGAUCACACAAAAAUUGGUGGUGGCCCACAUGACAAAAAGUGAGAUCUAUCUUCAAGAUACUGCAUUUAUUGGGCCAGGUCUUCUAUUUUUGGACCAGUACUUCAACAGUUUUAUUGAUGAAUAUAUUGUUCUAUGGAUAGCUUUGGUCAUAUCUUUGUUUGAUUUGCUGAGAUACUCCACUGGUGUAUGCAUGCAGAUUGCUGCUCACCUUCGCAUACAUGUCUUCAGAAUUUCAUCACUUCAAGCUCCUGAACAGGUGCAAGUUGUUUCUUCACUGAGCCAUCAGAAUAACAUGGACUGAAGAGACUUGCGAACAGUUGCCAUCUCUUGCUGUUGCUGUUACGAGAAAGGAGAUAACACUGAACAAAUGCAACAUUUAGGAAAAAAUACAUCAGUCUGAAAUAUUGAAAGAAUUAAAAGUGAAUGUUAAAUGAUUUUUCUACUUAAUGUUCUGUCUUUUCAUUUUUAACUGUUUUCCCCCAUAAAUCAAAGCUAAUACUUA